UAAAAGUCCUAAUAGUUUUGCCAAUGAAGAGAACUAUAGGCGAUAGAGAGCCCACAGGGAAAGGAGCCUCUGUCUUGGGUAGCUCAAUCGCUGCUCCAACGGACUCCUCCUCUCGCCCUCCUCUCUGUCGCUUACCGGGUCAUCUCUCUCUACAAGAUCAUUCCACGUUGGUUUUCGAUUUUGGGGAUUUGGGAUCGCUUGUAAUUGGCAAUAACCAUUGUUUAUUGAAAACUUUGUGAUCUGGGUGGCCUUGUUUUCAGAUCUAGCAGAAAUUGGAAGAAAUUUCGAGCUGAAUUAUCAAGCUUCUGCCGCUGUUAAGUUUUUAUUUUUCCUCUCUAGUACCAAAAUUUCCAGAUACAUGAUAUCGGAUGUAUCACGGUGUUACUGUCUCCUGUCAAAAUCGCCCUUGAGAAGCUUCUUUUAGGAUUUGGCCUCAAGUAAGUUUUUGGUGAUUGGUUACGUGAGCAAAAAAUCAAGGCUUUUAACUUGAAAUUGUAGAUAUUUUAUUAUUUUGUUAGAAAAAGAAACGAGGUCAAUAGGGACAGAUAGAAUUUGGUAUGGCUGUUGCACUUGCACUUGCAAAUAGAGACAGCAGCCGCGACUUGUCGAAGCAACCGUGCAAUUGUUACACAUUUUCAAGCUUAACUCAAACCAUUUUGGACGCAAUUCAGAUUUCAAAUAUGAAGGAUAGGUAUAUUCUUGGAGAGCAGCUGGGCUGGGGACAAUUUGGUGUUAUUAGAAUGUGCACUGAUAAAUUGACUGGAGAGCUAUUUGCGUGCAAAUCGAUUGCCAAGGAUAGAUUAGUGACCUCAGAUGAUGCUAGAAGUGUCAGACUUGAGAUUGAGAUAAUGACUAGGCUAUCCGGGCACCCAAAUGUCGUAGAUCUCAAGGCAGUUUAUGAGGAUGAGGAUUAUGUUCAUUUGGUAAUGGAGCUUUGUGCUGGAGGGGAGCUUUUUCACCAGUUAGAAAAGCAUGGACGAUUCUCUGAGGUGGAGGCUAGGGUUCUCUUCAGGCAUUUGAUGCAAGUGGUGCUGCACUGUCAUGAAAUUGGGGUGGUUCACAGGGAUUUGAAGCCAGAGAAUAUUCUUUUGGCUACAAAAGCCUCAUAUUCACCUAUUAAACUGGCAGAUUUUGGUCUUGCAACGUACAUAAACCCUGGUCAGAAGUUGCGUGGGACUGUUGGGAGCCCAUUUUAUAUAGCCCCGGAGGUAUUGGCAGGGGGCUAUAAUCAGGCGGCCGAUGUUUGGAGUGCAGGGGUGAUUCUUUAUAUUCUUCUCAGUGGGACACCACCCUUUUGGGGCAAGACUAAGUCACAAAUAUUUGAUGCUGUAAGGGCUGCAGAUCUGCGAUUCCCAUCUAAUCCUUGGGAUCAGAUAACUGAAUCUGCAAAGGAGUUAGUCAGGGGCAUGCUUUGUACAGAUCCUUCACAAAGGCUUACUGCUCAGCAGGUUUUAGAUCAUUCCUGGAUGAAGGAUGAUGCAAUAUGUCCUGUACAACCUAGUCAUUUUGAAAAGCAAAGUUGUGAAGAAUGGGAUUUAGGUGGUGGCUCUUUCUCUACAUUGAUGGCCAGGAAUCAGGACAUCAGCAUUGGCACUGGAUCACCGUUUGUUUGUGAUACAGAAUCACCUACUUUCACAUGCAGAUCAUCAUUUUCUUCUUUCCAUGCGGAACCUUCAACACCUUCCUCUGUAUCUGGUCAGCUUUCUUUCCAUAACGGUGGCAAUUCUGAUGCCUUGGAAUUUCCUUCCCCUGUAGGAUCAAUGCCAAGCUUUGCUUUCUUUAGCCAUAGCCCUGUGACGAAGCAAGGGAGUUGUGCAUUGGAUUUCUCAAACAAUAUUUCCAGUUUGAAUGCUAGCUAUGGAGAGGUCAGCCUGGAAAAGAUGCUCAUGUUGCCUGAAUCUUCUAUAUUCUGCGCACAUGAGGCUAGAGAAAUGGAACAGAAGCCAGCGGACGCUAAGAGGUCAGGAGGAGCCAUAGAGUCCAGGAUGGGCACGCACAGUAAGAGGAACCGUACAAUUGGUCUUGGUGAGGGCGAGCAACUCGAUUUGAUGGUGAGCGAGUCAGUUAUCCGACGGGCAUCAUGCAUGCAUCUUCCAACUGCUCUUCUCUUGUCUGUUGAAACUUGAAAGAGAGGGCUGGCUGGCUGGCAACCUGAAGCUAGAGUACAGAAUGAAACUGGAGGCUCUCUGAUGGAUGACUGAGAUGGAGGAAAAUGGCAUGCCCACACUUGUUUCUACAAGCCAAUGUGUUUUGUUUGCCCUGUUGUGCUGAAUCAUGAUGGCAAGUCCUAGGCAAGCUUCAAAGGGUGGUGUGAUUUGAGUGUAUAUAUUUUUGUCCUCUUCAGUUUAUGCACUACUAGGUUGGAAGAGCAACAAGUUGCUAGUCAUAGGCUUCUGCCUUGUAUCUAAGACUGAAUUUUCAUGAUGGUUAACACGCAUCUUUUCUGUUCUUGAGCUUUAAUAAUUAA